UAUCACAAUGGGUUCAAGUCAUGAAAACCGACAGCUUGAGAAAUCAGGCCCGGCUAGAGUACUGGUUUGCUAUGUUUACGCCCUAUUUGUUCCUAUGUUUGCAUUUGCCAUCGUUCAAACCCUGACCCUACCAUCUCAUCGAGAAGUUAAAUUCUUGCUGCAUAGAAUUGACCAUGGCCUCUCCCUUCUCCACGGUCUCGAAUUGGUCAGGGCCGUAGCCUGGGUUCUAGUAGUUCUGGCAUUCAUUAUAUUCUUCCUUCUCGGGGCAAGAGGAUUUUAUAUUGCAGCCAUGGGGAUGCUGAAACUAUCCCUGGCCGCUAUUAUUUUGGCCGGGGUAGCGAUGCAGUCAAAAGUCCUCCCAAGCUCCUUUGGGGGUUGCAAUAGCUUAGCGUCAAGUUGGCGUGAGGCCUUGCCAAUGGACAUGAGGGACUCUUCUACAGGCAGCGAAGCCUCGCUGCAUUCUGCCUGCAAGAGGAUGGUUGAGCAUUGGGCAUUCGCAGUUGCCGUUGUGAUUCUUUACAUUCCCUAUGCCUCACUCAUGAUCUUUCAGGGCGUUCGAGAAAUCUUGCAUCCCCGUCCACGUCGUCGGUGGUCUUCUAAGACUAGUAGAGCUCUCAGAAUACAAGCGGCAAUUUAUUUCGCUCUCAAGUACAUAGCAAAAGUGUUUCGGCGACUGAAACCGCGAACUCGAAAGCCACCAACGCACGUCAUGACGCGGCAGGGUGACGGGAUUAAUCGGCGCUCGAAAAUCUUUACUGGCCUCCGUCGUCAUAAAAGGUCUACUAGCUUGCCGACACGUGUCCUGCCUUCGAACGUGCUUCUCAAGAUUGCUUCAUAUGCUCAUUAUGUGGAUAUAGUCAAUUUACACACAGCCUACGAUAAGCUAUUCCUCGCUUAUAUCGGGGCUGAAGAUGACGAGUCGAAGCUUGAGGAGCUUCGAAUGUAUACCUGUUUAUCAGAGACCAAACAAGAAUGCAGACUCUGCAGGGCGCAAAUAUGCGAGGUAUAAUCGUAUCCAGCUACUUCGCACGUACAAUGGGUUAUUAACGAAGAUACUAGACAUGCCAGAUAUCCGUUCCUGUUCCACACCCAGCAAUACUUUCGCAUCUAGAAUUCUGCAAGCCAAACUGCUCUGAUUGCUUCUACAAAACCUAUUAUCUCAUAGGGUCUCAGGCAUGCAAUAUGGCGGCUGCCGAAAGAGCGGGGCCUAGCUUUCAACAUAGAAACGUCUGCCGGGACUGCGCGUCAAUGACCGGCUCGGAAAAACUCCGGAUGGUGGAACUACAGGCUCAAGCGGAGAUGCAUAAAUUCUCUAAGGAAUCUAUGUGUUGUGCAGACUGCAAGAAGCAGUUGCCACCGUCGGGUCCACGAUGGUGGAUUUGUUCUUGUGGAGAGGAGUGCAGUCAUCAUGUUCAUCCCCCGUGGAGCUUGGGGAGCAAUAGCUAGGGCGCACGCCUGUACUGUAAUUGGACGGACACUGGGGUUAAGAUCAUACUAGGAUGACUCUAGAUGUAUAAUAGUAAUGAUUUGCAUAUUUUAUGGUAGAAAAAUUAGGCACAGUGGCACAGCUGCACAACAA